AUGCGCGAACGCGCGACGGCGGAGGAUAUGGUGAAGCUGAACCAUCUGCACGAACCGGGCGUGCUCGAAAAUUUGCGCGCGCGGUACGCGACGGAUGACAUCUACACCUACACCGGGUCGAUCCUGAUCGCGGUGAACCCGUUCAAGGACGUCGGACACUUGUAUGAUGAACACAUGAUGUCGAUGUAUCGAGGGGCGCGAUUGGGAGAUCUGAGUCCGCACGUGUACGCCACGGCGGACGCCGCGUACGAGGCGCUGCGGACGGAGGGCGUGUCGCAGAGCGUGCUGGUGAGCGGGGAAUCUGGGGCGGGGAAGACAGAGACGGCGAAGUUAUUGAUGCGGUACAUCGCGCACAGAUCGUCGUCCGAUGAAGACGCGGGUGGAGGUAGGACGACGCAGGAUAAAGUGUUGGAAAGUAAUCCGUUGUUGGAAGCGUUUGGGAACGCGAAAACGGUUCGAAACGACAACAGUAGUCGAUUUGGAAAGUACGUGGAGCUUCAAUUCGAUUCGAAAUAUCGUAUCAGUGGGGCGGCGAUCCGUACGUACCUCCUCGAGCGAAGUCGCGUCGUGAAGACGAGCGAUCCCGAGCGGAAUUUUCACAUCUUUUAUCAGCUGUGUGCUGGAGCAGAAGAGAGCGAUCGAGAGACUUGGCGAUUGAAGGACGCAUCUGCUUAUAAUUACACCAACCAGAGCGCGUGUUUCGACUUAGAUGGCUUGGACAACUCGGAGGAGUACAGACGCACUACGAACGCCAUGGACGUGGUCGGCAUUACCAAGGCGGAGCAGAAGAGCAUCAUGAGCGUCGUCGCGGGUAUUUUGCACUUGGGCAAUAUUUGUUUCAUCGACAAUACCGACGACGAAGGCUGUGAUUUCGCCAGCGAUGCCGCUAAGGGCGCGUUGGUAGAUUGCGCCGCGGUUUUAAAGCUCGAUGCCGAAAAGCUCGAGCGCUCCCUUCGCACGAGAAGAAUCGUCCUCGCUGAUGAAGUCAUUCACAAGCCCCUCUCCGCCGCCGCCGCGACGCACUCGCGCGAUGCGCUCGCGAAGAGUCUGUACUCCAAGUUAUUCGAUUCGCUCGUCGAUCGAAUCAACAUCAGUAUCGGUCAAGAUGCGACGAGCAAAGCGUUCAUCGGAGUCCUCGAUAUCUACGGUUUUGAGAGCUUCGCCGUGAAUUCGUUUGAGCAAUUCUGCAUCAACUUCGCCAACGAGAAGCUUCAGCAACAUUUCAAUCAGCACGUCUUCAAGAUGGAGCAAGAAGAGUACGAAAGAGAAGGUAUCGAUUGGUCUUACAUCGAAUUCAUCGAUAAUCAGGACAUGCUCGACGUGAUCGAGCGGCGUUCGAACGGAAUCAUAUCGUUGCUUGACGAAUCGUGCAUGCUGGCGUCGAGUACGGAUGAGCAGUUUGCUCAAAAGUUGUACACUGGUCUCAAGGACGAGCAACGCCUCAGCAAGCCCAAGUUGUCUCAAACUGCGUUCACACUUUCUCAUUAUGCGGGUGAUGUGACGUAUGAGAGUAAUACCUUCCUCGACAAGAAUAAAGACUUCGUAAUCCAAGAGCAUGAAGAAAUUUUGGCAAGCGGAUCCCACGAAGAACUCGUUAGAAUGUUCGCGCUUGGUGAUGACUCUUCGGAAACGUCUGGACGAGGAAAGUCGUCUACAAAGUUUAGUUCCGUGAGUACGCGCUUCAAGAAGCAGCUCGGUGAGCUCAUGUCAAAGCUUAACGCGACGGAACCCCAUUACAUAAGAUGCAUCAAGCCAAACGCAGCGUCCAAGGCGUCGAGCUUUGAAGGCGCAAACGUUCUUCAGCAGCUUCGCUGCGGGGGUGUAUUGGAGGCCAUUCGCAUCAGCUGUGCGGGAUAUCCAUCGCGAAAGCCUAUCGAGAUUUUUCUCGCGCGUUUUGGUCUCCUUGCUCCGCAAGCAGCCGCGCUGUAUUUCGAAGGUCGUGAACGCGAAGCACUCGAAGGGAUUUUGCAAGCCGCCAACGUCGAUGGAUGGCAAAUCGGCAAAACACAGGUCUUCCUAAGGUCGGGUCAGAUGGCUAUUUUGGACGUUCUACGCCUGAAUAAGCUGAACAAGGCGGCCAUCGAGAUUCAAAGCAGGGCGCGCGCGUUCGUCAAACGUAAGCAGUUCACCGAGCUGAGAUCGGCUUCGAUCAAGGUUGCCGCAGCCGCUCGUGGAAUGCUUGCUCGCAAGAGGGUUCGCAGCAUACGGGAGCAAAUUGCAGCCGUUCGAAUUCAGACUGCAUUCAGGGCCAUACGUGCGCGAGUUCAAUUCGAGCGGACCAAAGACGCGGUGCAAAAGAUUCAGGCAAUCGUUCGAGGUGCGAGAGCACGACGAAUUCUCCGGCAGACUCGGGCGACAGAAAUAACCACGAACAAAGCGGCCACGUGCAUCCAGUCUCACUGGAAAGCUAAGGUUGCUCGCAAGGAAUUCAAAGUCGCGAAGGCCAGGGCACGGGAAACUGGUGCGCUUCUCGAAGCGAAGUCGUCGCUUGAGCAGCAGCUCGAAUCUGAGCGAGCCCGCACUGCCAUGGAGCAACGCGCCCGUCAAGAUGAAAACGCUCGCCACGCCUCGAUGGAACAAGAGCUUCGCGCGCGCAUGGAGACAUUGGAAAAGGAACUUGCUAUCGCGAGAGAAAGUGUGCACGGAAUCGUUGAGUCUCGAGUGUCUGAAGUUACGUCGCAGAAAGAUGGCGAAAUCAACGUGCUCAGGCAAUCGUUGGUCGAGCGCGAUGCCAAACUCGCAGAGCUGCAAGAGUGGAAAGCAACGAGAGAGGCGCACGAAAAGAUUGAACUCAACUCAAAAUUGCGCCAAGAAAACGACUCGCUUCAGCAAGAGCGUACCGAUCUUGAAAGAGUAGUGAAUCAGUUGCGCACAGAGAUGAGCGAAAUGGAGAAGGAAAACGCAACGAUGAAGUCGCAAUGUUCGCCUUCGCCGGUGAGGACUGGCGGACGAUUCGCUUCAAUUCUCAGCCCGAUGUCGCCCAUGGACGGGUUGGACACUCUGGAGUCCCCGCGGACUCCAGAUACGCCGAAUAGCGAAGACGUAGAGGCAGCCCUCGAACGAGAACAAGCUGAACUGGACGCGCGGAAAUUGAAGCUCGAACAAGUCCGCUCGCACAUGGAGUACGCAGUCUUGUUGAACUUCAUCGAGAAGGACGCGAGGGAUGCGGGAUUCAUGGAGAAUGGGACUCCAGUGCUCGCGUGCAUUAUUUUUAGAUGCUUACUCAAAUGGGGAACGUUUGAGUUGGAUAGAACGAGUCUGUUCGACAAGAUCAUGGAUGCUAUCAACAUAAGUUUGGAGGACGCAGGCGAAGAUUACGCGGCGCUGACUUACUGGCUCACUAAUGCGUUUAUUCUCCUGCAGCUCUUGCAGCGAACGCUCAAGACGACCGCGUCGGGUAGCAAAGAAAACCGAAGGAAAAGUGGCGGUCUAUUCGAUCGGCUGAACUCUCGGUUUGUGCGCGCUACGACGCCGGUGUCGACAUCGUCUCCUGGCGUGAAAGGUGUCUCGCACAUCGACGCCAAAUAUCCGGCGUUUCUGUUCAAGCAGCAGCUGGCGGCGCUCGUGGAAAAGAUUUAUGGCACUCUACGAGACCGUGUGAAAAAGGACGUAACUCCACAGUUUGCUACUUGCAUUCAAGCCCCGAGACAGCGUUCAGGUACGGCAACUCUUGCACGCAGUGCGUCGGGCGUCCUUCGCCCCGAGUUGGGUCAAGGCUGGAUGCGAAUCUUGGACACGUUGGACGAAACCGUCAAGGCGAUGGCUUUAAAUAAUGUCCCCCAGGCACUCAGCAAACGUUUCUUCGUUCAAGUAUUUUGUUUUAUAAACGUUCAAAUGUUCAACGCCCUUCUUCUCCGGCGCGAAUGUUGCUCGUUUUCGAACGGUGAGUACAUCAAGAUGGGUCUAUCUCUUUUCGAUUCAUGGGCUCGCAAGCCCCAAAACGAAGCCGUCGGCGAAGACUCCUUGGAUGAAUUGAGAUUUAUUCGCCAGGCUGUCAAUCUACUAGUGAUCCACCAAAAGCCGCAGAAGACUUUGAAUGAAAUAACCUUGGAGCUAUGCCCUCAACUCAGCAUUCAGCAGCUUUACAGAAUCAGCACGAUGUACUGGGACGACAAGUACGGCACGGAAUCCGUCAACGCCGAGGUUUUGAGCGAAAUGCGAAUUAGAAUGAAGGAAGAUAACAGUUCGCAUGCGAGUAACUCAUUUCUACUCGACGAUGAUAGUAGUGUACAGUUCAGCAUCGACGAAAAUCUCGAUGCGCAAGCGAUCAGUAUACAGCUCGACGGCGGUUUCGGCCUUCCGGGAACUUUUCUCGAGAAUCCGUCCUUCGCGUUUCUACUUGCACGACCGAGCGAACAGUGA